UUGCCGGAUUUCAUUUCUCGACAAUAUUAUUAAUUCUCGAUAUUUUACAUUUAUAAUAUUAUACAUUAAUUCAAUUUUAUGCCUAUUUUAAUUGCGAAUUCGUACGUCGUUUUAGGAAUUUCUAGUAGCUCGGACACUCGUGUAUUGCCAUUAAUUAAUAUUAUUGUUCUACGGUUUUCGUAGUCUCAAGAGAUAUUUGAGCAAAAUGUUCAAUACUCUAAGGUUUUUGUCCCGACUUUCGUCGACCACCGUUCCCAUUGGAUUGCGGUCAUCAGUUUUGAGCAGACAUUCGGUUCGGAAUAUCUCCUACCAAUGUCGACAGCCGAUUCUGGCAAACAAAUUUCAGUGCGUCAAUACGGGCAGACGUUACAAACGUACAAAGAAAGAAAACGAUCGAGAUUCUGACGAUGAAUUAGAUUUAGAAAUGGACGAUAACAGUCAACUGGUUAAAUUCAGGACCAGUACGAUGAGAAUGGAUACUGUCCUAAAGCAUGCACUAGGAAAGUCUAGAAAUAAAAUUGAAGUAGCUUUUUAUGAAAGUCGAAUUCGAGUGAAUGGAGAAAAAGUUCCGAAGAAAAGCCACACAAUAGAAGUGGGCGAUGAGGUGGAUCUGAUCAAAGGUCCUAGUCCAAAUAAUCCAGAUUUUCUUUUAGUAUCAAGAGUAGAAGUAUUGUCUGCCAAAUUAGAUGGAGAUGAAUUAGAUGUAAAAUUAAAAAAGUAUAAGAGCCUUCUGAUUAACAAUUAUGAAAACAAAUGGAAAUCACAAUCAUAAAAAUAUAUUGGACGUCUAGAUUAAAUAAUUUCAUUAUAAUAUGAAUAAUUACCAUUUAUAAAUUAAACUCCAAGUGUUCAAC